AUGAACAGCAAGGUGGAGCGCACGCACACAAGCCCGGCACCUGGCAAGUUCCAAGACUCGAAAAUCGCCAUUGUAGGUUUCUCGGGUCGCUUUCCAGAGGCGGCCUCGAACGAUGAACUUUGGCAAGUCCUCAAGGCUGCUCGUGACUGUCACCGAACUAUCCCCGAAGACAGAUUCGACUGGGAAGCCCAUUUUGAUCCGACUGGAAAGAAGAAGAAUCACAGCCGCGUCAAAUAUGGGUGUUUCAUCAACGAACCAGGCGUGUUUGACACUGCUUUCUUUAACAUUUCCCCUCGCGAGGCCGAAAACACGGACCCUGCACAACGUCUGGCUCUUAUGGCGGCCUACGAAGCUAUAGAGAUGGCUGGAUUUGUACCAGACAGGACAGCUUCUACACAGCGCGAUCGGGUUGGUGUCUUCUUUGGCACCACAAGUGAUGACUGGAGGGAGGUAAACAGCGGGCAGAACAUCGACACCUAUUUCAUUCCAGGAGGUAAUCGCGCUUUCGUCCCCGGACGCAUCAACUACUUUUUCCGCUUUUCUGGACCGAGCAUAUCAGUAGACACGGCGUGUUCGUCCAGUUUCGCAGCCAUUUCGACGGCAUGUAACUACCUUUGGCAAGGCGACUGCGACUCAGCCAUCACAGGAGGCACGAAUGUGAUUACAAAUCCAGACAACUUCGUUGGCCUCGAUCGUGGGCACUUCCUCUCCGCUACGGGCAACUGCAACCCUUUCGACGAUUCAGCAUCCGGCUACUGUCGUGCAGACGCUGUGGGCGUGGUGGUACUGAAGCGGCUCGAGGAUGCCAUCGCCGACCGCGACCCCAUCUUUGGAGUCAUUGCCGGAAGUAGUACGAACCAUUGCGGGCAGACAGUGUCCAUAACACGGCCGCAUGAGGGAGACCAGCUGUCGCUCUUCAAGCGUAUCUUACGCCACACCAACACGGAUCCGCUCGAUGUCAGCUAUGUCGAGAUGCACGGGACCGGCACACAGGCGGGAGACGCGGCUGAGAUGCGUUCUGUGCUGUCAGCCUUUGCGUGGGACCACAAGCGGAGUAAAAUGAGUCCAUCGCGGCCGCUACACCUUGGUGCUAUCAAGGCCAAUGUCGGCCAUGCAGAGUCGGCCUCGGGCGUGACGGCACUGAUCAAAGUGUUGAUGAUGAUGAAGCACAGCGAGAUCCCUCCGCACCGCCUAGAUGGAAAACUGAACCACAACUAUCCGGUUGACAUGGCGGAGCGCAACGUUCAUAUCCCUUUCAAGGCGACUCCAUGGCGACGCUCAGACUGUGCGAGCGGCAAGCGCAUGGCGUUUCUCAAUAACUUCAGUGCAGCUGGUGGCAACACGGCGCUGCUGUUGGAAGACGCGCCAGACCACCAGGACGUUGCGUGCACACGGCCCGACGCACGUUCCGUAUUGCCUGUCGCUGUCACUGCCCGAACACCACAGUCACUGACGGACAACAUUCGCGCUCUUAUCGAUCAUCUCGAUGCGCACCCAGAUACAUCCCUGUCGUCGCUUUCUUACACGACUACAGCGCGUCGAGCUCAUUACAAGUUUCGCGUUCUUGUGUCUGGCGCCGAUGUCGCUGCCAUCAAGGCUGCGCUGCAGCGUUGUCUCGACCCUUCAGCACCCGUGAAGGCCGUCAAGGCCAUCCCGCCCAAGGUCGCUUAUGCUUUCACAGGACAGGGUACAUUGUAUCCCGGCAUCGCAAAGGAACUCUUCGAGCACGUUGCAUCUUUUCGCGAUGACCUUGUGCGCUUUGAUCGUAUUGCACGAUGCCAUGGCUUCCCAUCCUUCCUGCCCCUGAUUACUGGCGAGGAACAACAUGUCGACGCAAAGACGAGUGACCCCGUCGCGUCGCACCUAGCUAUCACGUGUGUGCAAAUGGCACUCACACAUAUGUGGAAGGCCUUGGCUGGAGAACCAUCAUGCGUUAUUGGUCAUAGCUUAGGCGAGUAUGCCGCCUUGUAUACAGCACGAGUCCUGAGCGCAAGCGACACUAUCUUUCUGGUAGGCGGUCGGGCGCAGUUGCUAGUCAAGCAUUGUUCCAAGGGAACCCAUGCAAUGCUUGCAGUCAAGGCGCCUACAGACAUCAUUGCGUCUGAUGUGGACGCCUCUGGUUGCGUGGUUGCAUGCAUCAAUUCCCCAGUGAGCACGACAGUCAGUGGGCCUACGGAAGCCAUUGCACAUUUGGCAACCUCUUUGAAAGACAAAGGCCUGGAAGCGGUGCUACUCGAGCUUCCAUACGCUUUUCAUUCUACUCAGGUGGAACCCAUUUUGAGCGAGUUUGAGAAUCUGGCGAACUGUAUCAGUUUUGAUGAGCCUGUCGUACCGUACAUGUCUCCACUUCUUGCCAGAACGGUCACUGGCCCUGGCAUUCUGAAUGCUUCUUACCUUGCGCAGGCGACCAGGCGCUGCGUCGACUUCCGGGGAGCCAUCGAUGCUGCUCAAGAGUCGAAGCUUGUUGAUGGCAGCACUAUCUGGCUGGAGCUAGGCACUCAUCCUGCUUGUUCGGGCAUGCUCAGACAGACCAUUGGCACACAUGUAGUCACCGCCACCACGCUGAGAAAAGAUGGGCAGACGUGGAAAACGCUUGUAGCUGCCCUCGACGCAAUGUACCGCACAGGGAUUGACCUUCGGUGGGAUGUAUUCCACCGUGGAUUUGACGCGGCGCAAAAGGUUCUUGCUCUGCCCAGCUACAAGUGGUCUCUUCGGAGGUAUUGGAUACAAUACCGACAUAACUUCUGUCUCACCAAGGGAGAUGAUCCAGCUGGUCUCGUCCCACAGACAGAUGCAAUUUCUGGACCUCCAGUCAAUGUACCCUCGCUCUCUUCUUCGGUCCAUCGCGUAGUUGAGGAGACGACGUCCACGGAGAAGGCGUCCUUACUCACCGAAUCCAAUCUUCACGACCCUCGUCUACUUCCAAUCGUAUCCGGCCACAAAGUCAACACUGCCAUGCUAUGUCCGUCUUCCUUGUAUGCUGACAUGGCUCUCACUAUCGGUAAACACAUGCUAAGGUCUAAUGGCACGUUCCAGGAGCAGACAGGUCUGGAUUGUAGAACGAUGAAUGUCAAAAAUCCGCUGAUUGUGCAGCCCGACGCAACUACUCAGCUGCUCAGAGUCCUUGCUGAGGCCGAUUGGCACAAGAAAGAGAUAUCUUUGAAAUUCUUCAGCGUUGACGCCAACGCACGCAAAUUGGCAGAUCACGCAUCAUGUCUAGUCAAGGUGACAGACAAACAAAGCUGGGUGGGAGAAUGGAAACGCAACGCCUACCUUGUUUCAAGCCGCAUAGAGACUCUCCGCAAGGCGGUAGACGCUGGAAGCGCCCACAAACUUAAACGAGGCCUCGCUUACAAACUUUUUGCCAGCCUAGUUGAUUAUUCUAGUGCAUACCAAGGCAUGGAGCAGGUCAUAUUGGAUAGCGAGCGUCUCGAAGCCACUGCGCUCGUCAAGUUCCAGGUUGAUGAUGGAGGGUUCGAUUGGAAUCCCUGCUGGAUUGACAGUCUUGGUCAUAUUGCUGGCUUCAUCAUGAAUGGAAACGACAACAUCUACUCGAAAGACCAAGUCUUUAUCAACCAUGGUUGGGACGCCAUGCGAUGUGGGAAGGCAGUGGAGCACGGAAAGACGUACACGACUUACAAUCGCAUGCAACUAGAGAGUGGCACCAUGUAUGUCGGUGACACAUACGUGUUCGAUGGUGAUGAGGUCAUUGCGCUGUUUGAGGGUGUCAAGGUAUUUCCAAAGGGAGCGAAGGCCGUCGCGAUACCUGUUCAGAACAAGCAAAGCGGAAAGAACGCAUCUCCAAAACCAGCCAAACAGCAUCAUACCCCGCGACCUACUGUGACCGCCAUUCCGUCGAAGCCAUCGUCUGGCAAAAUCGCAAAGAUAAUGAAGAUAUUACAAGACGAGGCGCAGAUGAGUGAAGACGAACUGGAUCUGGAUGCAGAGUUCACAGAUCUUGGCGUUGACUCUUUGUUGUCCUUGACUAUAGUCAGCCGGCUACGAGACGAGCUCGACAUUGAGUUACCAGCCUCUGCCUUUGUGGAGCAUUCCACGGUCAGAUCGUUCAUCGCUUUCGCUAGCGGAGACGAGUCUGCGGUGUCUUCUUCAAUCUCUAGCGGCGCUUCGACACCAGUUCUAGCGGGUUUGAAAGACGAGGAGACCUACCUCACUGAUGCCACCUCGGUCGAUGGGGACAGCGACGAUUCUGACACAAACAUCAUGCUGCUUAUUCGGAAGAUCAUAUCUGAAGAAACAGGGACUGCUCUAGAAGAAAUCUCAACAACGGCUUCCCUUGCGGAAUUCGGAUUAGACUCCUUACUGGGACUCACAAUUAUGAGCAGACUUUCUGAGCAAAUCGACGCGACAUUGCCGACGAGUCUUUUCGUAGAGAACGACACAUUGGGAGAAGUUGAGGCAGUCCUUAGGGAAGCUGGAUUAAUCAAGCCUGAGAAGCAAAGCCAAAAGGUCGAACGCAUGAACAGGUCGUCUUCUGGCUCCAGAAUUGACGCGAAGCCCGUAUCUGGUUUUCCGCAUUUUUCGGCUGCGCGCGUGGCACCCCACGCAAGUUCACUGCUUCUCCAAGGAUCUUCCAAACGGGCCAAGAGGAACUUGUUCCUCUUCCCGGAUGGAGCGGGAUCCGCAUCCUCGUACCAUGCACUCGCAGACAUCUCCCCAGAUGUGGCCGUGUAUGGUCUAAACUGCCCUUGGUUGAAAAAUCCGCAAGAUCUCAAAUGCUCGCUCGAAGAGUAUGUUACAAAAUUUCUCGUCGAGAUUCAGCGUCGCCAGCCCAGCGGCCCGUACCAUUUCGGCGGUGUGUCCGCUGGAGGCAUCUUGGCGUACGAAGCAGCGCAACAACUUGCACGCAUCGGGGAGAAGGUAGAUACUCUACUACUGCUCGACACCCCUGAUCCAGUUGGACUCGAGAACCCGAACCAGCGCAUGUACGACUUCUUAGACUCUCUCGGCAUGUUUGGUAUGAGUGGCAAAGCACCUACAUGGCUUCGUCCGCAUUUUGACGCCUUCCUUGCGCUGCUCGAUGCUUACGAUGUGAAGAAGUUUCAGGGGUCAUCGGUUCCGCAAAUUCACAUCAUAUAUGCACGCGACGGUAUGUGCAAGCACGAAAGUGAUCCUCGCCCAGAGCUACGCCCUGAUGACCCGCGCGAGAUGUUGUGGCUUCUGAACAAUCGAACGGACUUCAGCGGCGCGGGAUGGAACUCUUUGGUAGGCAAGGAGAAUUUGCACAUCAGCGUUCUGGACGAUGUAAAUCACUACACGAUCAUGCAGCCUGGACCUUCGAUGCAAGAGCUCUCCGCGCGCAUUUUUGUCUUUGACAACAGCUACAACAGAGGUGCAACACACAUGGAUGGGUGCGGCGCUUUGAUGGUUUGGCGGGGAACGGAAUCCGAAGAAGAUUCGCAGCUGACAGGCGGCAAUGGCGACGCCCGACAUCCUCUCUACAAUCAUAGGGCCACAAUGACUAUUCGCUUCAAAGCCGCGAUGGCGUCGAACGAGUUCAAGGUUCUCAUUCUUGGAGGAGCUACCGGCUUGAAGAAGGCGGGCAUCAAUUACACUGUAUUCGAGCGCGACAGCGAGCAUGACUUCUACAAUCGCCCUCGUGACUGGGGUAUGCUGUUGCACUGGGGAUCGGAGUACCUAGAAAAAGUCUUGCCCGCCCAUCUCAAGGCGCGCGUCCGCGAAAUUCGGUGCAAUCCUCAUCUUACAGAUGAAGAGAAACUCACGCCGGUGCCCUUCGUCAACGCGCUUACCGGCGAGGUGAUGGCGGAGAUUCCGAUCGAAGGAAUGAGCGUGAACCGUGUUUCGCGAAUGAAAUUGCGCCGCUUCCUCUCAGAGGGGAAUGAUCUAAACAUACAAUUCGGCAAAAUCUUGCAAAGCAUCAGCGUGGAUGGUGGCACUGUUACAGCCACCUUCCGAGAUGGCAGCAGUGAGACGGGAAACAUUGCCAUCGGCUGCGAUGGUUCGCAUUCUAAAGUACGCGAGUUUCUUGUCGGUCGUGAAGCCGCAGCGUUGCAAUUUGUAGAUCUCACAAUGAUAAACUUCCCUCAAGGAGGCUAUACCGCGGAGGAGGCUCGUCUUCUCCAGACGAUGCAUCCGAUCUUUAAGAUUGCCGCGCAUCCCCACAAGCCAGGAAAUGACCCCGAGGAUCCAACGACAUGGAAGUUCCAGAAUUAUAUUGGCUGGUGGGGGCCACCGUACGCCAAAGAUCUCCAAGAUCCUAAGAAUCGGAUGGAUUUCUACCGUUCAUGGGUGUCUUCAUUUUGCGAGCCCUUCCGCACUGGCGGUCUAAAGCUCGACGAGGGAACUGUUGUGCCCGUCUAUCCUGGCCAGCAAUGGGCACCGACUAUGGCAUGGGAUAAUCACGGCGGAAAGGUGACAUUAGCUGGUGAUGCUGCACAUUCGAUGCUACCCCAACGCGGCCAAGGCCUGAACAACGCAAUAAAGGACGCGUCGGACAUUGUCGACGCAGUUGUGGCCGCGGUCAAUGGACAAAAGACUUUGAAAGAUUCGAUCACGGAGUACGAGGCUGAGAUGAAGCCUAGAGGAGCGAAGGAAGUCGCACUGUCGUUGGAGCAGGCGCUCAAAGCAAGGAAAACGGAUACGCUCAAGGACAGCCCGAUCUUCAAACAGGGCUGGAAACGGGGCGAUGCCGAAGCUGUGCCUGAGCCUACUGCUGAGAAGGCUUGA